CAGAUGAAUUUGAAGUGCAUUGACCAGGGAGCUGAGAGGGGCGGUCUGCAGCCAGCCCACACCUGGGAGGAGGCGGCAGGCUUUUCUGGGGACAGAGUGGCCGAGUGGAAGCAACCUUAACCAUCUCAACAUGACACCACUCUUUCCUGUUGGAAUCUGAGAACUCGUUCAGUACUCUGGCAGUUACCAUGGGACCUGGGUUUUCUUGGUCAGGGUCAGCUUGAAAAGGAGGAUCGAGCUCACGGUGGAGUAUCCAUGGAGGUGUGGAGCCUUGUCACUAACCUCUAAUUGCAGAACUGGGAUGUGGAGCUGGAAGUGCCUCCUCUUCUGGGCUGUGCUGGUCACAGCCACACUCUGCACUGCUAGGCCGGCCCCGACCUUGCCUGAACAAGCCCAGCCCUGGGGAGCCCCUGUGGAAGUAGAGUCCUUCCUGGUCCACCCUGGUGACCUACUGCAGCUUCGCUGUCGGCUGCGUGACGAUGUGCAGAGCAUCGACUGGCUGCGGGACGGGGUGAAACUGGCAGAAAGCAACCGCACCCGCAUCACAGGGGAGGAGGUGGAGGUGUGGGACUCCGUGCCCGCGGACUCCGGCCUCUAUGCUUGCGUGACCAGCAGCCCUUUGGGCAGCGACACCACCUACUUCUCCGUCAAUGUUUCAGAUGCUCUCCCCUCCUCGGAGGAUGAUGAUGAUGAUGAUGACUCCUCUUCAGAGGAGAAAGAGACAGAUAACACCAAACCAAACCGUAUGCCUGUAGCUCCAUAUUGGACAUCCCCAGAAAAGAUGGAAAAGAAAUUGCAUGCGGUGCCAGCUGCCAAGACAGUGAAGUUCAAAUGCCCUUCCAGUGGGACCCCAAACCCCACACUGCGCUGGUUGAAAAAUGGCAAAGAAUUCAAACCUGAUCACAGGAUUGGAGGCUACAAGGUCCGUUAUGCCACCUGGAGCAUCAUAAUGGACUCCGUGGUGCCCUCUGACAAGGGCAACUACACCUGCAUCGUGGAGAAUGAGUACGGCAGCAUCAACCACACCUACCAGCUUGAUGUCGUGGAGCGGUCCCCUCACCGGCCCAUCCUGCAAGCAGGGUUGCCCGCCAACAAGACAGUGGCCCUGGGUAGCAACGUGGAGUUCAUGUGUAAGGUGUACAGUGACCCACAACCACACAUCCAGUGGCUAAAGCACAUCGAGGUGAACGGGAGCAAGAUUGGUCCAGACAACCUGCCUUAUGUCCAGAUCUUGAAGCAUUCGGGGAUUAAUAGCUCGGAUGCGGAGGUGCUGACCCUGUUCAAUGUGACAGAGGCCCAGAGCGGGGAGUAUGUGUGUAAGGUUUCCAAUUAUAUUGGUGAAGCUAACCAGUCUGCGUGGCUCACUGUCACCAGACCUGUGGCAAAAGCCCUGGAAGAGAGGCCAGCCGUGAUAACCUCACCCUUGUACCUGGAGAUCAUCAUCUAUUGCACAGGGGCCUUCCUCAUCUCCUGCAUGGUGGGGUCGGUCAUCAUCUACAAGAUGAAGAGCAGCACCAAGAAGAGUGACUUCCACAGCCAGAUGGCCGUGCACAAGCUGGCCAAGAGCAUCCCUCUGCGCAGACAGGUAACAGUGUCCGCUGACUCCAGUGCGUCCAUGAACUCUGGGGUUCUUCUGGUUCGGCCAUCACGGCUCUCCUCCAGUGGGACUCCCAUGCUAGCAGGGGUCUCUGAGUAUGAGCUUCCCGAAGACCCUCGCUGGGAGCUGCCUCGGGACAGACUGGUCUUAGGAAAACCCCUGGGAGAGGGCUGCUUUGGGCAGGUGGUAUUGGCAGAGGCCAUCGGACUGGACAAGGACAAACCCAGCCGUGUGACCAAGGUGGCUGUGAAGAUGUUGAAGUCGGAUGCAACAGAGAAAGACUUGUCAGACCUGAUCUCAGAAAUGGAGAUGAUGAAGAUGAUCGGGAAGCAUAAGAACAUCAUCAACCUACUGGGGGCCUGCACGCAGGAUGGUCCCUUGUAUGUCAUCGUGGAGUAUGCCUCCAAAGGCAACCUGCGGGAGUACCUGCAGGCCCGGAGGCCCCCGGGGCUGGAAUACUGCUACAACCCCAGCCACAACCCAGAGGAGCAGCUCUCCUCCAAGGACCUGGUGUCCUGCGCCUAUCAGGUGGCCCGAGGCAUGGAGUAUCUGGCCUCCAAGAAGUGCAUACACCGAGACCUGGCCGCCAGGAACGUCCUGGUGACAGAGGACAACGUGAUGAAGAUUGCAGACUUCGGCCUCGCACGGGACAUUCACCACAUCGACUACUAUAAAAAGACAACCAACGGCCGACUGCCUGUGAAGUGGAUGGCACCCGAGGCAUUGUUUGACCGGAUCUACACCCACCAGAGUGAUGUGUGGUCUUUUGGGGUGCUCCUGUGGGAGAUCUUCACUCUGGGCGGCUCCCCAUACCCCGGUGUGCCUGUGGAGGAGCUUUUCAAGCUGCUGAAGGAGGGUCACCGCAUGGACAAGCCCAGUAACUGCACCAACGAGCUGUACAUGAUGAUGCGGGACUGCUGGCAUGCAGUGCCCUCGCAGAGACCCACCUUCAAGCAGCUGGUGGAAGAUCUGGACCGCAUAGUGGCCUUGACCUCCAACCAGGAGUACCUGGACCUGUCCAUGCCCCUGGACCAGUACUCCCCCAGCUUUCCUGACACCCGGAGCUCUACGUGCUCCUCAGGGGAGGAUUCCGUCUUUUCUCAUGAGCCGCUGCCUGAGGAGCCCUGCCUGCCCCGACACCCAGCCCAGCUUGCCAAUGGCGGACUCAAACGCUGCUGACUGCCACCCACCAUCAGCUGUAAUCCUCACCCACAGCCCCUGCCAGGCCCACCGCCCGUCCAUCUCUGUCCCCUUUCCUGCUGGCAGGAGCUGGCUGUCUACCAGGGGCCUUCCUGUGUGGCCUGCCUUCACCUCGCUCAGCUUACCUCUUCCUCCUCCUCCUCUCCACCUGGCAGUGAGAGGUGCAAAGAGGCAGAUCCUUGCUGCUGGCCACUUCGUCCCCUCCCAGAUGUUGGACCAAGACCUCUCCCUGCCACCAGGUGCUGCCUGGAAAGUGGGGAGUGGGAGCCGAUGAACAGGCAUGCAAGUGAGAGCCCUCUGAGCUUUCUCAUUUGGGUUUGGUGUGUUUCGCCUUUACCCAGAAGUCCCUAGCACUCUGGCGGCAGGUGCCUUGUCCUCAGGGCUACAGCAGUAGGGAGAUCAGUACUUUGGGCCUCGAUUGAAGGUGACCUCUGCUCCAGAUAGGUGGUGCCAGUGGCUUAUUAAUUCUGAUAGUUGCUUUACUGACCAAAUGCAUGGUACCAGAGGAUGGUGAGGCAAAGGCCAGGUUGGGGGCAGUGUUGUGGCCCGGGGGCUCAGCCCCAAACUGGGGGCUCUGUACAUAGCUAUGAAGAAAACACAAAGUGUAUAAAUCUGAGUAUAUAUUUACAUGUCUUUUUAAAAGGGUCAUUACCAGAGAUUUACCCAUCGGGUAAGAUGCUCCAGGUGGCUGGGAGGCAUCAGUUGCUAUAUAUUAAAAUCAAAGAAAAAAGAAAAAAAAAGAAAAUGUUUUUAAAAAGGUCAUAUAUUUUUUGCUACUUUUGCUGUUUUAUUUUUUUAAAUUAUGUUCUAAACCUAUUUUCAGUUUAGGUCCCUCAAUAAAAAUUGCUGCUGCUUCA